AUAUAAACCACACGACAACAUUUUAUUGACACAUGUCGAGCACACCCAAAACUUAGGAGCACACAUGAGAGCUAUAUAACUUGCAUAACCUUUAGGGAAAAACUAUUAACUCAAUUCAAUUGGAUAAUCACACUUCGAUUCGAACAAAUAUCUUUCUGAUAACUAAAGCUAUUCAAAAAUGUCGAGCAACUCCCAAAACAUCAGCUUCCAAGCCGGUCAGGCCAAAGGCCAAACUCAGGAGAAGGCAAGCAACUUAAUGGACAAAGCAGGCAAUGCUGCACAAGCGUGCAAGGAGUCUCUGCAAGAGACGGGCCAGCAGAUUAAGGAGAAGGCACAAGGAGCUACCGAAUCAGUGAAGAACGCGACCGGCAUCAACAAAUGAAGACCAUAUCAUAUGAAUAAUGAUGCUAUUUUCCCCACCAAAUAAGACAUUUUUUUUUUCAUUUCUUGAACCUUAAGAUUGGGUUUAGCGGUUUGACUAUUCCGACUAUUGGAAUUUUUUAUUUAUUAUUUUACUACUACUUUGAUCUCAUGAUAAUAAUGUAUUCACUGGGAUCCAUAUUCAUUUUUAGACUUCCAUCAUAAAAAUAACACUUUUUUUUUACAUAUUUCUUUGUUUCUGUUUCCAAAUCAUUCAAAUUCGAUGUUGACAAAAUUAAAAAAAUAAUUCAAACUCGACUUAGU